GAGCCGAAAUGCAAUAUGACCCCACCUACUGUUAGUGUCAUAGUCUGCCGCCUACAAGACUCUAACCCAAGAUGGCUGCCCACUCCGCUGCAUUCUCCAUGGCCAAAAUCAUCAAGCCCUUUUGGGGUGGAUUAACAGGAAAUACAGUCAAAGUAUUUGGAACAACUGUGACAAGUCAAAGGAGCAAGACAGUGCUGACUGGUGAACACAUUCCUCCCCCUGCUAAGUAUGGAGGCAGACACACUGUGACCCUCAUACCUGGAGAUGGAAUCGGUCCAGAGCUCUUUAAUCACGUCAGAGAAGUUUUCAGGUUCAGUUGUGUGCCCGUGGAUUUUGAAGUGGUCCACGUCAAUUCCGCUCUGGAGACCGAGGAUGAUAUCAACAAUGCAAUUACUGCCAUUCGGCGUAAUGGCGUUGCCCUUAAAGGUAACAUAGAAACCAAACACACCAUGCCCCCGUCUGUCAAGUCUGGAAAUAAUCUUCUCCGCACAAGCUUGGACCUUUAUGCCAAUGUGAUGCACUGCCAGUCCCUCCCUGGCGUCCAGACUCGCCAUAAGAACAUCGACAUCAUAAUCAUACGAGAGAACACAGAGGGAGAGUACAGCAGUUUGGAGCAUGAGAGUGUAUCCGGUGUUGUGGAGUCUCUCAAAAUAAUCACCAGGAACAAUUCCCUCCGAAUCGCAGAGUAUGCUUUUCGACUAGCCAGAGAGAAAGGGCGGCGCAGGGUCACUGCUGUCCACAAGGCCAACAUCAUGAAGCUAGGCGAUGGGUUGUUCCUGCAGUGUUGCAGAGAGGUGGCUUCGGGGUACCCUGACAUCACAUUUGACAGCAUGAUUGUAGACAACACCACCAUGCAGUUGGUGUCGAAGCCUCAGCAGUUUGACGUGAUGGUGAUGCCUAACCUUUAUGGUAACGUGGUGAGCAACGUGUGUGCUGGUCUGGUGGGCGGGCCCGGCCUGGUGCCUGGAGCCAAUUAUGGCCGUGACUACGCCGUCUUCGAAACGGCCACAAGGAACACAGGAAAGAGUAUUGCAAACAGGAACAUUGCUAACCCCACUGCCCUGCUGCUGGCCAGCUGUAUGAUGCUUGACCAUCUUAAGCUGUAUGAUAAUGCGACUUUGAUCCGGAAUGCAGUGCUCACCACCAUGAAUGAAACCAGGUUGCAUACUGCGGAUAUUGGAGGACAGGGCACCACAUCAGAAGUGGUCCAGUCCAUCAUGAGGAUCAUCCACAGUAAAGGGCAACACACAGCCAACAUCUAAAGAUUUUAAACACACACAAUGUUACUGUAUUAUUGACGUCAAAAUGGUUAUUUGUUUUCCCUCAUCCACACUGCUCUCUAUUAUCCAAUGGUAAUGCAUCCAUUUGAUAUCUUAUCUAGUAAGUUCUGUUAUUUAUCAUACAACUUAUUGCUACAGCCUUUUCAGACUAUCACACCGUGCAAUUAAGGCCUUCCUCAUCUCAUGUGCUGUAACGUUGAUACAAAGAUGUUAACUGUAUGUGUGUAAUAGACUGUACUAUUGUGUAUGUUAAUGGAUUAUUCUUAUGUCAUCAUUUAUACUGUGCAAACACAAGAGGCUUUUCUUUGGCUCACAUGACCGCACUUAAAGCAUUUCCCGUCUACUGAAUCAAGACUGAUAGUGUUUAGCGUAUGGUAUCAUAAUAAUGUGCAACAUACAUCUUAUUAAAUUAUUAUACCCGGAA